AAUUUCUUCGACUAUCUCUCCCUCUCUCUCGGAGAAAUUCUAUUAGUUUCUAUAAAGAACUUCCGAUUUCAAUCCAAUAAUAGAGUACUGUUUAAUUUCGAAAUUUAGAUAAUUCAAUGGCUUCUCUUUAUUUACUAAAAUCCAGUCCUUCUACACCUUCAAUUUCAUCUCCAUCGACUUACCGAAGAAAAUUCAGUUGUUUUUGCUGGGAAUUCAAUUCUAGGUUUCGGUAUUCAAGAAUUGUGAUACAUAAUAGGAGGUCAAGGGUCUAUUGUAAGAAUCAAGAGAGUGAAAACAAAAGCAAUGGUGAAGAACGUCCUGAGUCAUUGUUUAUGAAAGAAUUGAAGAGACGAGGUAUGACACCUACUUCAUUGCUUGAGGAAAAGAAUAAGAGCAUUGAGGUCGAUGAUCAAAUGAAGUUCAAAGAAGAAGAUCAGAGUUUCUCUCCUCGAAAUGCAGUGAGAACAGAUUCUGAAAUAAACCUAUUUAAUCAGAGGGAGCAGUCUAUGGAACUGAACAGUGAAGGCCUUGAGGGUUUGAUUCCACGGGCUAAACUUUUGCUUACCCUUGGGGGAACUUUCUUUUUGGCAUUUUGGCCGUUGAUUCUCGUAACUGUUGCAUCAUUUGCUGCUUUGUAUCUGUAUUUUGGACCAUCUUUUGUUCACAAUGGAAGUGAAAUUUCUGUCAAUUCACCUCAAUAUAAAGAUCCAUAUGAACUACUUGAAGAAGAAAGGAUAUAUCAAACAGCCCCUAGUCUCAAUUAAUGGAUUGAGCACACUGACCAGUAUCUCAAACGUAAACCAGAUAUUCUAAGAUACUGAAUUGAACGGCUUGAAUGUUUGAAGUGACUUGAUAAGUCCUCUGACUGAUCCAGCAGCAGCAAGAAGUGAUAUAGUGAAGCAAAUGAGGCUAAGUAUUUGCAUCCAGAUCCAAGUGAAGGAGAACUUGGGAAUCUUUGCUUUUGAAAUAUACAUUUCAAUUGGGAAAUAUACAGUCAAUGGCCAGAAAGAGGCAGCUCCAAGAAGUCCCACAAAGUCAUUGAAGAAUGGGAAUAACAUGGCCAAAACAGUUGUGAAUAUCACAUAAGUUGUUCUCCAUAUAAGUCUAAAGAAACUGAAGUUGAAAUUGCCACAGAAUGGCAUGCCAA